AUGACCCGUCCUAGGGUGCCCGAGAAGUCACACCGCGGGUUCGUUAGAGUGUUGGCUGCUUCCCCUGGCCCUGGUCUUGCGAACUAUAUGGGCAACCCUCCACCAACGGUGCCACGGUACCGCUUUGGGUUCAUCACCGACGCUGUUAUCUUGCGUGGUCUUACCCCAAAGGAUCUUCACUACAACGCCUUCGGUACUGAGAACUACAUUGAAGCUCAAUUGACAGAGUGUUGUGCCAAGCAUGGUCAUGAUAACGAAAAAAAAUUCGGAGUGUCGCGUCUGGCCGACAGAGGCUACGACUUGAAGGGCAACCGUUUGUUGAAUCGCGUGUUGGUGUACUUCACCUCCAACAUGACCGAAGAGGCGCUGGCAAGAACGACAAAUGACGCGCUGCUCAGUGAUGUAGCAAAGAUAGCCGGAAUGGAGAAGGAGGACGCGGCGUGGUUGCUCCAAGACUGGCGCGUCUAA